GUAAAAUCUUUGUCAUUUUGGUGGCACUAGCGCUCACUAUUCGUUGUGAAUUUUCUUUGCUCUUACGUUUCGUUAAAUAUUGAAUACUGUGAAGAAUUGAAUGCACUGUGGAAGAGUUAGGAGUAGAUCGAUUGUUGAUUGAAGUGACGUCUUCAGUGAAAGAUUUUGUUUGGUAGAUUUUGAAGUUUAAAAAACUGGCAAUCAAUUGAAACAAAAUGCCUAACAUAAGUGAUGUUCUCACCUCGCAACUCGAACGGUUUUCGUGGUCUGAUUACUCGUGUUUCGUGAUGAUGCUAAUGGUAUGCAUAGUUAUCGGAAUCUAUUUCGGGUUCUUUGAGAAAAAGGAAAAUACCGAAGAUGAAUAUCUCGUCGGUAAUAGAAAUAUGCCAAUAUUUCCUGUUAGUCUAUCUUUGGUUGCAAGCUUCAUUAGUGGCAUUACAUUUGUCGGGUUACCCACAGAAGUUUAUUCAUUUGGAAUUCAAUAUGUGUAUUCCGCUGGCGGUGUUUUAUUGAUGGGCUUCUUUAUGUCGACAUUUUAUCUGCCUGUUUUUCAUGAACUAAACAUAACAUCGACUUAUGAGUAUUUGGAGGCUCGUUUUGAUCGUCGAUUGAGAAUGUUCGGCGCAAUAAUGUUUACUAUAAUGAACAUUGGUUAUUUACCAAUAGUAAUAUAUGUACCAGCACUUGCAUUUAAUCAAGUGACUGGAGUCAAUGUUCACAUUAUUACGCCAAUUGUUUGUGUCAUUUGUGUAUUUUACACGUGCGCUGGUGGCAUUAAGGCAGUGGUAUGGACAGAUGUGAUUCAAACAAUUUCAAUGUUUGGUGCACUUGUAAUUGUGGCGGUCAAGGGCACUUCAAAUGUGGGCGGCUCGAAUGUUGUGUUCACAGAGGCUUGGAAUAGUGGUCGAAUUGAGGCACCAAUAUUGGAUAUUAAUCCAACUAUUCGACACUCAAUAUGGUCACAAGUGUUUGGGGGCAUAAUAUAUUGGUUACAAGCAAAUGCCGUAUCUCAAAACAUGAUACAACGUUAUCUUGCAUUGCCCACAUUGAAAGCGGGUCGAAUUGCGCUCUACAUUUUUAUUGGUGGUGUUAUAAUAUUAAUGUGUUUAUGUUCAUACAUUGGUUUAUUAAUUUAUGCCACUUAUAAAUCAUGUGACCCGUUGACAACGAAAUUGGCAUCCGCCCGAGAUCAACUGCUACCCUUAUUUGUGAUGGACACGCUGGGAGGGCAUUUUGGAUUGACUGGCUUAUUUGUUGCUGGUGUUUUUAGUGCGGCGUUAUCUUCACUUUCUACAUGUUUGAAUUCUAUGUCAGCCAUUGUAUUGGAAGACUUUGUGAAGCCAUUUGUGAAGAAACCUUUAUCGAAUACAUCAAUUAACUGGAUUAUGCGAAUGGUUGUUGUUGUGAUGGGCAUUAUUUGCGUUGCUCUUGUUGUUGUCGUUCAAAAAAUGGGCACCGUACUUCAACUGACAAUGAGCUUGGAAGCAAUCACAAACGGACCGUUGUUGGGCAUUUUCACGAUCGGCAUUCUUCUCCCAUGGAUCAAUGCAACGAAUACAUUAAUUGGUGGAAUAUGCGGUGUAUUGGCUAUGUCAUGGGUCAGUUUGAAUGCUCAAUGGGCGAUCGCCUCGGGUGCAAUUCAAUUUGAACACAAAGAAAUGUCUAUUAGUAACUGUUCAUAUGACUUUGAAUUAACAGUUAAACCGGAAUUCGUUCAUGAAUCUGAAACGUUUGCUCUCUAUCGAAUAUCAUACAUGUGGUACACAGCCUUCGGUGCGUUGACAACGUUAAUUUUCGCUGGUUUGGGAACAUUUAUUUCGGGUGCUAGUGAUGCUUCAAAAGUGGAUCUCAAACUAAUUGCACCAUGUCUAAGGAAAUACAUUCGUGUUGAUCGCAGUAGAAAGUUGCCGAAAAAAUCUCAUCCAAAUCGAAAUGUUAUACCAGAAGUGGACGAAGAAAGUUUUGGAGAAAAAGAAUCAACUCUAUAAGCGUACGGUUUUUACAAAUGUAUUUUAUUAUCCUAUUAAUUCAAUAAAUAUUGGAAGAGAUUCAAUCGAA